AUGGCAGCGUACACUCAUUUCAAUCUUGGUACUGUUGAUCGCCAUGAGCACCAGAUGGAAUCUGCAGAAGCUCAUUUCAUGGAAGCUCAGAACUUGUGGGGCAAAGGAGACCAACUAAGAACAGACCCCUUCAAUGCCGCUUGCAUGUACAGAUUGGGAUGUGUGUCGCUCGACCAGGGUAAACUUGAAGCUGCUGUAAAGCAUUUGAAAGACGCUAUGCUGAUUACAGAGAUGCGCAAGCAUAACAUGGUAGCUGAACAUGCCAGAACUAUCUUCAAGCUGUCAGAAGCUUUGGAGCAGGAGCCACGAGAGGUGGCAGAAGCUAGUCGACUACGCCAGGAAGCCGAACGUCUUUUACGCCUCCGUGAGCCAACGGCCAAGGAACCUGGGAAGGAAGGUACUUACGACAGCAUGGUGAACAUCUUAUGGCGCUGA